GUGUUUUAGUUUUACUCUGUGGAGAAAUUUGCCGCUCUUUGCUAAAAUCACAACUUGAACUUUAAAAUUUAAAUAAAAUUUUUACUUGUAAAUAAAAAGCGAUUGUAAUGGAUAACUCUCAAAGUUCAGAUAUAUUUCCAGGAACGAACGAUAACCUUAACUUCUCUACGAGUGAAAGAGAAAAGUAUUUUGUACUUGUUUCGAAAAUAAAGCUUUCUGCACAAGGAGGUGUGGAUGUACUUGAUAUAAGUGAAGAAAAAUUUACGAUAUUACUAGAAGACUGCAACACAUGUAUAGAUCAGGGCCUCAGUCUAAUUGUGCCUCUAUUAGAAGAUGCAAGCACACAUUUAAAUGAACUGCGUGGAUACAUAGAAAAUGCAGCGUCCAUUCUACAAAUAUUAUCUAAUUUUAUUAAGUCAGUCAUGGAGUCUGUCAGCAUCACAGUUAAGACAGUAAAUAAUUUCAGCACUUACACUGGAAACAUUAUAUUAUCUGUCUUCACUCAUUGUAAAGACAGUGAAUGUAUUUAUGGGGGUAUUCUAAAUGCAGUACAGAAACAAUUAAAGGAUUUGUUCAAGAACUGCCAUGAAUUACAGAUGAUUUAUUUAAUGGCUUUAGAAAAACAAUACCUAUUUGAUUUAUCUGAGAAGGAACACCAAGAUAUUCUUCUGAAAACUUUAGAAAUCAAUUUGAAAAUUAGCGAUGUGGUGCAGUCACUGGAUGUCAAAACUAUGGCGGAACAAUGGAAGGCCUACACAAUCAUUUGUGAGAAAUAUUCAAGUUUCCUUUUGGAGAAACAUAUUUUCAACUUAACUAGUAAGCUACUAGUAUCGACAAUUGAAAAUAACUUGAACACUGCUCUGGAGGCAAAAGAAGACAAAACAGUUUUAAGGUCUUUAAAAGUGGCAAAUUUUUCUUUUAAGAUACUUCUGCGUAUUUGCAAUACUUUCAAAGGUUCUGACAAGAAUAACUAUGAAGACGUCUUGAAGCUGCUACUUUACGUUGGCUUAUGCAAUAGUUCAUAUUAUGAGGUAACUGCAAAUAAAUCAUCAGAUUUUUCAGCACUUUUGAGCACACACACAUCAAUGCCUUUGGAACUUAUUGUUGCCAGCCUCAUAAACGAAGAACAAUUCUUAAAAUUAAUAUUCUUCCCUGAAGACCGCAAGUCACCUGACACUCAGAUGCUGGGAUUUGUGUUACUUGUUAUUAUCAUCAUGAAAAUAUUCUUGGAAAAGGAAGACGAACAGAGCAUGAAGGUCAAAGUUAUAGGAUGUGUGUUCUCAGUGUUGCCUUAUUGUCACAAAUGGUUUAACAUUGGAUUAAAAUUCAAAUAUUCAACACAAGAUGGAACCAAAUACUGUGGUUUAUACGAAUAUUUGUUACUCCACACCGUUGCGUUAUCAAGUACUCUGCGUAAUGAACAGUAUAACAUAUUGGAGAACUAUUUGUACGAAGCUCUCUUGGGAACUGAAUGCUAUAAAGCGAUGUUCGCUUCCAACUUAUGGGUUUUACUCUGCAGGCUCAGUGAUCAACUCCAUUUAGAAGUUUUAUUGGGAUUAAUAAAAGUUCACCAGAAACUAGAAACUCAUGGAUUGUUUCUCGAAUCACCUCAAAAAGUCCACUUGAGUUAUACAAUAGAGAAGUUAUUGGAGACUUUGAAUAAUGAGGGAAAAAUACAAAUUUAUAAGCAAUUUAGUGUAAAAGACAAAAGAAAUGUUGCAAUUUGGUGUGCAUUGAAAUUGAAAAAUUUACCAAAUGAUAUUUCAAAGUCUAUACAUAAUGGUAUAAUAAAUAAUUUGUCUACAAAUUUGAACGAAGUUUUGAAUGGUCGUGAAGAGAGCUUAGAUGAUUUGAUUAAAUAUACAUUGUUGGCAUCGUCUUACCCUUUAACAGAGAGGAAUCCAAGACUCGAGGACUAUUUGUUAUCAGCAUGGCUUAGGCUGUGUCCAGAGUGUAGUAAUAUUUUACAGUUCCAUCAUUGUCUAUUGUACAGAUACUUAAAAGCUCUCUCUUCACUAACCAUUUGCUAUGCAAACAAAAUUGAUCGACAAGAGUUUUUAGCAAAAAUACAGAAUAUUAUCUCAAAAAUUCUGCUCACUGAAAACAACGAUAUCUUCCAUCUUUUAUUUAAGUUAUUUUGCAAAUUAUCGCUAAUCAAAACUGUAGACAACUUUGCUAUUAGAUCUAUUUUCACUGAUACAGUAACGAAUCUUUUAGAGCACUGUGAUAUACAGCCAUACAUUUUCCAUGCAAUUGUAUCUGAUGAUAACAUAAGCAAAUUACUAAUGCCAGUUCUGAAACAAUCAAAAUCCAAUAACUUUAUUGAUUUUAAAAACAAGUUAAGUGAUAUAGAAGAAUGGCAUAAACAGUUAGAUUUGAACGCCAAAAAUAAGUACAUACAUAAAUGUAUAGAUAACGAACAUACAGACAGACAAACAUUUAUUGGGAGUGAAAUUCAAGAGAAUAUACGUGAAAAGAAAAAUAACUUCGAUGUAGGAGAUAUUCAAUCGUUGUUUGAAGGAACUGAUAUAGAGGAGCCAUUGUGUAAGAAGGCAAAGUUGGAUUUUAAUAUUGAUAACCUUAUUAGGAAAAUAGAAUCAGAUGUUGAACAACUAAGUCAAGUUAAGGAGAACGUACUAAGUGAAUAUAAAGUUAGAAUUAUAAGUGUUUGUAACAAGUUGAGAAAUAUAAUUUCCUAAUUCUGA